AUGAUAUUUUACUCACUACCUGAAGGCAUCAUCGUCAUUGUCACCGUGGGCUUUUCGAUUGGAUAUUUUGGAGUAAUCAAUUGUGGCAGUGGUGGCAAAAAGGUAAGAAAAGUAGGUGUUGUUAUAGUUUUUCUUGGGCGGGUUGGCUGAGGUUGGCGAGGAUAACAUUGUAAAAAUUAUAGGAAAUGACCAGUUUUGUUCGUAGGUAAAACUUUUCUUAGUUUUUUUAAAUACGGUUUGAAACGUCAAUUUUAUUUCUCCAGAACUGAUAUUGUUAUGCAAAUUUCAGCCUACAUCCGAGCCCUCAAUAUCGCCAGUUUCUCCACAAAAGAACAGCAACGUACCGAAGAAGAAAAAACGCAAAAAGGUACGCCAAAAACCCGUAGUACAAAGUGCUCCAACUGGCAGUUCCACCACAAACUCCACCAAUCCAGACGAUAAUAAACCAAUGUCCGAGAAGAAGCCCAGUUCCAAAAAGAGUAAAAAGAGUUCGAAGAAGGAAAAGUCAAGAUCCGAGAAGUCGAUGUCAGCAGAAAGUUCGAAGAAGAAGAGUGGGACCAAGAAGUCGAAGAAGAAGCAGAGGAAUGAAUCUUCCAAGAAAAGUAAAAGUAGGUUUGAAGUAUAAAGAUUGGUAGAGGUCGGAGUACCUAAAAUUUGGAACUGUAAAGAUGGGUAGGUUUUGGAGCUAGACCUGGCAAUCAGGUUGGCUUGGGUCGAGAAAAAAAAUCAAAACGGACCGGUUUGAAAAAUCGGCUCGGUUCGAUAGCCAGAAGCGGUCGAGUUACUUGAUAUGUGUAAAACAAGCUAGGGGUAAAAGUAAGUACAGUACAGUACAGUACAGUACAGUACUGUACUGUACAGUACAUUGCAUUACAGUACAGUAAAUUACAGUACAUUACUAUAGUUGAUAACCAAAAACCUAUUUUCAGGUCUAACACUAGAUAAAACUCAAAGGUCGUCCAAAUCAUCUCAUUCUACAAAAGCGUCUCCGUCAAAUGCGACAGUAACGAAGAACUUUAACACGGCCGACGACGACGACAGUGACAUUAUCAAUCCUGUCGCGGAGAUACAAGAAGAGAACACACAACGAAGCGAAGAACGACUGAUUCAGGACGACGACGACACAAACGACAUUGACGAUCCAAUGGUCAAAGACAAGAAUCUCAGCGAAUAA